CUGCUGGGGCCGGUAGUCCUCGCUGUGUGCCCGGCCCGGCCCGGCCUGGCCGCCGCUUCCUUGUCCCGGCCGUGGGGAAUCGGGACCGGCGGGCUCAGAGAGCCGGGGCGCUUUGGGAUUUGUAUUUUCCUUGCUGCUUUCAUUUUGCUGCAACAACAAAAACAAGACACAUAGGGUUUCUUUUUUAAGGAAGGAUUGGUAUCUUCUAGCUACAUGACAUCAAAACCUGGGAGUAUCUGAACAACGUUGUGUAGAGGAAGAGUUGCUGUAAAAACAUGGGAGCUGAUGGCAUUGACUGCAUCAGUUGCCGUGUUGUACCAUAUUGCUGCACUGCCUGCCUGCAAACUGGUAUGGGAACUGCUGUGCUAAAAUAGUGAUCUGCCAUGGAGUGCUUUUCAAAGGAUGGUUUAAAGAAGUCAUUGCCUUGAGGCUGUGAAUUGGGUGUUUGCUGAAGCUUUUAUGUGGAAUGUACUGGUUAGCUCCUUAGCAAAGAAGCAGCCUACAAAACCAGAUAUACCUCUUCGAGUCUCAAGGUGUGGAUGAUCAUGGGAGAGCAACUGUUAAAGAACAGCAUCCUUGAUCAAUUUAUUAAUAGCCAUGAGCAGUCAUAUGAGGAAUUUCUAAGUACAUUCACAUAUCUUUUGAAAGAGAAAGAAGGAAAGACAAUUCAGGGAAGUAAAGUGGACUCCUUAAGAAAAAAAAGUUUUGCUUCUGAAUUACCAAACAGAAAUAAACAGGAUAGCUCACCUGAAAGAAGCAAAGAAAUGUGGGUGUCAUUUCCACCACGGAUGCCAAAUGAGAAUGAGGCAGUGAUGAGUGAGAGCUCAACAGCUGGUGUCUCUGAUGGAAAUAAUCUCAGUCUGUCUGAGAGAGUGAAGGUGGACAAGUACUUACACUUGGAAGAUGUAGACACAGAUGAAGAGACAUGCAGUGCAGGGUCAUUAGUUCUUCCAGGAGAGGUGGAAGAGACAGUGACUUGCUGUACACCCUUCUUUGAUAAGCCUAUUCAGCCAAAGUUCAGAGCCUGGUCAGUUCCCCAGCCAUCAGACAGCAAAGCCCAAGAGCUACUGGGCGAUGAUGUUCAACCAUUCUCCCUUGAUGAAGAAUUUGAUUAUGACAAUGUGGCACUGACCCCGAAGUUCUCUGAAGCUGAGCUGAAGGCCAUUAUAGAGUUGUCUGAAGAGAAAAUGGGUACAGAUGUCAAAUCAGCACGAGCUGAAGACUGAAUCAAAGGUGUUCUGUGCAGGGCUGUUGGAAUGACCUUUUUAUGGGAUGAAUGUAGCUCCUCGUUGUACCCUUAUUUAGUGUACUUAUCUGCAUGGCCAGUAAAUGGCAUCCCUGAAAUUUGUCAUUUAUUCCGUCAAGGUGCCUUGGAUCCUGUACUGGCUCAGGGUAGGUGUGCUGGAGAGACUUCUCCAUAGGAGCAAACCAAGUUGGUGGAUUUCAGAAUGGCAUUGUGGCUACUCUUGCUUAUAUCUCAUACUGACUCGGUUCCUGAGUAGUACAAAGCUGGUCCUAAAACUGCCUUUUACCUCAUUCUUUCAGUAACGUAAUUAAGAGCUUUUUAACAGCUGACAAAUCAGUCCAUGAACUCUUUAAAUGUAUAGAGAUAUAGGAGUGAAUAAAUCUGGGAAUAUGUUUUUUUCUCCGCGUUUUGAGUUACUUGAGUUCUGCAAAAAAUAAAUAUUCCUGUUUCCAACAAA